GUAUUCGCAUGAUGUUAGAACAGGUGAGUUAAUAUUGUCGUGCGGUAGCGAAAUGAUAAAUCAUGGAGUCUACGUGGCGCAAACUGCGAAUUGAUAAUCAAAUGGCCAAUCAGCAUUCUCCUUAUUCCAGUUUUCCUCAUCAAGUUGUGCUGCAAGAAGCCUCGAGGUCAAAUAGUUACCAAGCAAGUUCAGUCCCAUCCAUGGUUGCCGGAUUUAGCCCGCCUCAUCAAAGACAGUACAUAUCUUCGAAGGAGUCAAUCGCCGUCAACUCGACUUCCACAUCGGUAACGGGAGCUCUCCAUCCUCGCAAAUUAAGAAAAGUAGUCAGUAGCAAGUACGGUAAUAUUUUCUUGAUUAUUCAUUCUGAUUUUCGGCGUCCAGAAUUGCUGACGACGCAAGAAGACCCGCCACAUCUUACAAGUUCUCUUCGCUCGCGAAUCUCUUCAAGAUUCGCCAUGAAGAAGAUCUGCGAGGUCUCGCUUCUUCUCCUCGUCCUGGCGAUUUCAUGCAGAGGACAAUACGUGCCUCCGGAAGCAACGGUCAUGCCGCUGUAUCCGAAAGGAUUGCGGAUGUUCAUCCCAGACGAGGACGGCAUCCGUCUGGUAGCGUUCCACGUAAAGUUCAACGAGGAUUUCAAUGGACUAGAAGCUGGCACCAUCGCGAGGGACAUUAUUAAAAAACGCGACGGUCGUUGGACGUACGAAGAUAAGACGACCAAAUUGAAACCCGGUGAUACCAUUUAUUACUGGCUGCACGUAGUUUAUGAAGGAUUGGGGUAUAAUCUCGUAGACCAGCAGUACAAUGUAACGAGAUAUUAUAACGAGGACGGAACUCCGGUUAAAUUUAAUUAUAAUCCGGAAGAAAAUCGACCUUGCAGCGCAUCGUUAACUCAAUUGAAAGUACCAGAAGCAGGCGGCAGAAAAGUUUGUACGGGCGAGCUGCUUUUCGAGGAUCACUUCGAUAACGUGAACGAAUCGGCCUGGCUGGUCAACGAGCGAUUCUCGACGGGGCCGGACUACGAGUUCGUCAUAUACAAACGCGACAACGAAAACGUCAAGGCGGUGAACGGACAAUUGCAGGUAACUCCAACGCUCACCGAAAAGACGUAUGGGAAUCGAUUCGUUCGUUAUGGAAACCUGACGUUGGAACAGUGCACGGGUCAGAAGGGAACGGAGGAAUGCAACAAGCAGGCUCUAGGCUCGUCGAUCUUGCCCCCGGUGCUCUCAGGACGAUUGGACACUUCCAGAACAUUCGCCUUCACCUACGGCAAGGUCGAGAUCCGCGCCAAGCUACCCAGUGGUGAUUGGAUAUACCCUGUGCUGGCUUUGGAACCGCUGACGGAGGCUUCCUACCAGGGUGGAUAUCGUCGCGACCCGUCGCGGUUCAUCCGCAUCGCAGGUGCAAUCGGUAACAGGAAUUUCCCCUGCAAUCGGGAAGAACGUGGAAGCCAAGUUCUCACGGGAGGCCCUUCGUUGUUGUCGGAGUCGCGAUGGAAUACUAUGAGGAAGACGCAGUCCUCUACUCCGUGGUCCGAAGACUUCCACAUCUAUCAGCUGGACUGGACCCCCGAACGAGUCAUUCUCCGCGUAGACGGCGAAAUGUAUGGCAGGAUCGAUACCGCCGAUGCCUUCGAUGGACCGUUCUACCUGACCCUGGGCGUCGCCGUUGGAGGCCACGUGGAAUUUCCUGACGGCUGCGGGCCCGCCUAUUUCAAGCCCUGGCGAAACUUAGGCUCUAAGGCUAUCUACAACUUCUUCGAGGCGAGCAACCAGUGGAUCUCGACCUGGAAAAACGGGCCCACGACGUUGCUGGUGGAUUACGUUAAGGUCUGGGCCUUGUGAACGGCGGCGGUGGUGGCUCUUCAGGGUAGCCCCUCAAGAUAGACUGCAGGGAUGGAGGAAAACUCCGUUAGCAUACAGUGGAGAUUAACAUUUGUACAUUAAGUGCGCUGACACGCUCGUGUCGAUUGACUGUAAAGUCAAAAUAACUAAAAAUAUUUUAAAUAAUGACUAUAAAGUAAAAAAAAAAAGUCUCAUAUUCAGAGUAAGCGGGAAUAAUAAUUCUUAUUCAAUGAG